AUGAUGGAGUCUGUGGUGUUCAGACAGGUUCUGCGGUCAACCAUGAUAGUGGAUUUUAAGUCACUCCAGUUGUUGCUGACUGUGACUGUGACUGUGACUCUGGCCAAGAUCUAUCUGCCUCAUAUUGCACACAACACAUUAUCGGAGACAUUAACAACAGAGUCGUACUGGCCACGUCGCAGGAGCGACCUCCAAACUUCUUUUUGCUGGGUAAUCGCGUCUCCAGACGCUAUUACCCAUCAUAAAAUUUUGAAGUUACUUUCAUUCUCAGGUCUGGAGGAGACGCUGAGGGUGGCUGGUGCGGGUGUGGCUGCUGUAGCAGCCAGAGCAUUGCGGCCUCAAUGCUCCAUCAUCCUUUUCAUAGAUGGCAGCACUUCCGCCACCACUGUCUUCUCGGAAUUAGAAGGACUGGGAGCGUCCUGGGGGUUUACAGUGUUUGAGGUGACAGCAGAGAGCAACAGUGCAAAUCAGGAGGCUCGGUUAUCCCGAGUGGUUGCUCAGGCUCGUCAGUUGCGGCAGAUGUCGUGGUGUGUGACGGUGAUGGUGGUGAGUGAUGACUCCACCUUCCUGGCAGCUUCUGUCAAGUGGGCUCUCAAGGGCCGCCUUCUGUUGUGGUCCACUCGGUUCCUGGCCAUCACUCGCCGGCCUCUCUCAGACCUAUCUCACCUAUACACUUCUUUCUCUAUGAUGAACGCCAUGCUACUCAUUCUGGAUGCCUCCUCCUGGUGUAGUGUGUACGUACACCUGCCCUACAGCCCCAUGGAGACUCAGGUGGUACAAGUAGCCAGCUGGUCACCCCAUCACAACCUCACCUUCCACACUCAUCUCCAGCUCUUCCCUGAGAAGUUCUCCAGACUGAAGUAUGGUCCUCUGUUAGUGGUGGCAGCGGAAGAAUUCCCACCUCACGUAGUGAAUGACAACACCAAAAUAUUCAAGGGACCCCUGGUUAACCUCUUGAACCUACUAGCACACUCCAUCAACUUUACGUUUAAGUUUUCGCGACCACCGGAUGGAGCAUGGGGACUGAAGCGGCCUGAUGGAUCUUGGUCUGGCAUGAUUGGCAUGGUGGGCAGGCAGGAGGCGGAUCUUGGUCUUGGCCCCUUUGGUAUAAGUUCAAUUCGCGCUGAGAUGGUCGAUUUUACGAGGUUAAUAUUGGUCGACUAUAUACGUAUCAUGGGAGGUCGAGGGCGAUCUGAGGUAGACCCCUGGGGCUUCCUACUGCCUCUGCAGCCUCUAGUGUGGACGUUCCUCCUGGCAACGUUACUGAUGUUGCUGGGAACCUCGUUUGUCCUGUCCUUGUACUUCCCGCGUCGGGAUACCAGUCUUGCUAGCCAGGUCACUACCAACUUCGGCUUAUAUAUACGCGUUUUAUUGCAACAAGACACACGAGGUGGAGGUAAGCAUUGGUGGGAGAGGCUGGUGCUGGGAGGAUGGUUGGUGAUGGUGCUAGUAUUGUCACGCACCUACGCUGGGAUGCUCACCUCUAUCCUAGCAGUAAGGUACAUACCACAGCCUUACCAGACCUUGAGAGACCUGGUUGACGACUCUCGGGCAACUAUGGUAUUUGAAGCUGGCACUAUCUCCAUGCAGUAUAUUCAGUCUGUGCAAUCUGGGAUAUUCCGUGAAGUAAUGGACUCUCAAAAAGUUGGGCGGCUCAUGUUAGUGACGACAGCUGAGUACCUGAAGGUCGCGGACACAAUAGCCAAAAAGGGCAGCCAGGCACUGAUCGUUGAGGACCUCACCAGCAAGGUCAUCAUGACAGAACACUUCUCUCUUACAGGUCCCUCACCUAACUGAUCAUCUCGGUAAAACUUGCAAUUUAGCCCUUAAAUAACAACGCUCUUCUUGCCGAAUGAGGCAAGCGAAAAUUUGUUUGCAAUAAUUUCCCAAAAAUCAUUCUGAGCGUAAUGAAAAAAAUAUACUUCAUUGUGUUUGUUUAUUAUUAAACUACUGUAAACUUAUCUAAAAUAUAUUUAGUUGGAUUAGGCUAAA